CCUUUUGCGGCCAUCACCGAAGCGGGAGCGACCAAAAUGAAGUUUAAUCCCUUUGUGACUUCCAACCGAAGCAAGAAUCGCAAAAGGCAUUUCAAUGCACCUUCCCACAUUCGCAGGAAGAUUAUGUCUUCCCCUCUUUCCAAAGAGCCGAGACAGAAGUACAACGUGCGAUCCAUGCCCAUCCGAAAGGAUGAUGAAGUUCAGGUUGUACGAGGACACUAUAAAGGUCAGCAAAUUGGCAAAGUAGUCCAGGUUUACAGGAAGAAAUAUGUUAUCUACACUGAACAGGUGCAGCGGGAAAAGGCUAAUGGCACAACUGUCCACGUAGGCAUUCACCCCAGCAAGGUUGUUAUCACUAGGCUAAAACUGGACACAGACCACAAAAAGAUCCUUGAACGGAAAGCCAAAUCUUGCCAAGUAGGAAAGGAAAAGGGCAAAUGCCAGGAAGAAACAAUUGAGAAGAUGCAGGAAUAA